AUGUCGAGAUCCGCCAACCCUCAACAGCUUGAAUGCUCCAAUGAAAUGACGGAGGCAUCCCAUGGGAACGCCAACAAAGCUUCUCUGAACGAACUCGGAAUGCUGAACAAGACAAUCUCGCAGACCGCGGGUACGGUCGUGGAACUCCGCAAGAACUUUUCUGCAUGGUCUGUCCUGGGCCUCGGGUUUUCCAUGACCAACUCCUGGUUCGGCGUAUCCACGGCGCUUGUGGCGGGCAUCAACUCGGGCGGCCCCGUCCAGCUGGUCUACGGCUUGAUCCUGACUAUGGUCGUGGCGACUGCGAUAGCCACAUCGCUCGCCGAGCUGUCGUCGGCGAUGCCGCAUGCUGGCGGCCAGUACUACUGGGCCGCCAUGCUGGCCUCGCCCCGCUACUCACGAGGCGCCUCCUACGUGACGGGUUGGGUCGCCUGGGCGGGAUCGCUGUUUACAUGUGCCAGCAUCGCCUUGGGUGUGGGAAACCUGUGCCUCGGUUGCAUCAAAAUGGUCCGCCCUGACUUGGAAAUCAAGCCUUGGAUGACCUUUGCGGCCUACCAAAUCAUCAACCUUAUCUGCUGCUUCUUCAAUCUGUUGUCCCGCCUUCUACCGCUUGUCACGUCCUGCACACUCUGGAUCUCCAUUAUUUCUUACGUCGCAAUCAUAUUGGCUGUGCCCAUCAGCAGCCCGAAACACCGGCCUGCCGAAUGGGUCUUCACCGAGUUCAUCAACAACACCGGCUGGCCCAGUGACAGCAUCGCCUACAUCACCGGCCUCAUCAGCUCCAACUGGGCCUUUAACGGCCUCGACGGGGCGGUGCAUAUGGCCGAGGAGGUUGUGAACCCCGAGCGCGUCAUCCCCAUCGCCCUCCUGGGCACCGUUGUCAUCGGAUUCUGCACGGCGUGGACUUUCGCAAUCGCCAUGAUGGUCAGCAUCAACGAUUACGACUCCAUGGCGGCCACGCCUACCGGGGUACCCAUCCUGGAGCUCUUCCAGCAGGCUCUCGGCAACCGCGUCGGAUCCAUCGUCCUCUUAUCACUCAUCAUCAUCACAGGCUGUGGUUGCCUGGUUGCUUCGCACACAUGGCAAGCCCGGCUCUGCUGGUCUUUCGCCCGCGACCGAGGUCUCCCAGCGAGCGCCUUGUUGAGCCAAGUCCACCAAACGCUUCAGGUUCCGCUCAACGCUCACGCCGCCAGCUGCGUCAUCGUGGCACUGCUGGGAUGCCUCUACCUCGUGUCGAACACCGCCUUCAACAGCAUGGCGACAGCUUGUGUCGUGUUACUCUACCUUUCGUACAGUAUCCCGGUCGUAUGUCUUUUGUUUCGAGGCCGCUCGAACAUCGACCACGGACCUUUUUGGCUGGGUCAGCUGGGCCUGGUCUGCAACUUCAUCCUACUAGCAUGGCUUCUCUUUGCUUUUGUGAUGUUUUCUUUCCCGCCCGUGUAUCCGGCCACCACUGGUAAUAUGAAUUGCGUUUCUGUGGUUUAUGUUGUGAUUUUGGUCAUCGUGGCUAUCUGGUGGGUUACACGAGCGCGUACUCAGUACCGUCCUGCCAUGUUGCGAAGCGAACGUUGA